CACGGUGGUACAUUUUAUUUACGAAAUGGAUGAUAAAAUUGUACCACUUUAGUCACGACGGUAUAUUUUAUUUACGAAACCGCCACUGUAAGAAACAAAAACGUUUCUCACGGUGAGUAACAGAGAUUUACUGCUUCCUGCAUUACUGAAACAAAUACGUAGUAUUUUAAUUUGCACAUGUGGAAUCAAUAACAGAUAUUCUCAUUUAGGUAGGUUAAAAAGCAUUUUAUGUGGACUCUUCAUAUAUAGUUGACUAACUAUAGGAAUAUAUUAGUCAUAAUGAACACAAAAUCAAAGUACUAUAAAUGUAUAAUCAGCCCAUACACCUUAAGUACCCCAACUAACCCCCUCACAAACAAAAGCAACCAAAAAAAAAAUGAAGUUAUUCAUUCAUCUCUUUAUCGCAUUUUUAGCCUCAAUUCUUGUGAUAACUCAUGCCCAAGACAACCAAACGGAGUUCCUAGACGUGCACAACACGGCCCGUGCUCAAGUCGGAGUACCACCCCUUAAAUGGAACCACACCCUAGCAUUAUACGCCCAAAAUUUAGCCAACAAAGUCAAGCAAACAUGUAAUAGCACGAUGUCAUCUAGGGGACCUUACGGUGAAAACACGGCUUCCGGUUAUGGGGCUUUUACGACGGUUGAUGCGGUUAACCAAUGGGUAGGGGAGAAGGAAAAUUAUGAUCAUCGUUUGAAUGAUUGUGUGAAUGGUACAGAAUGUAAACACUAUAAACAAGUGGUUUGGAAAAAUAGCUUAUAUCUUGGUUGUGCUAGUAUAAUAUUUGGUGCUGGUUGGCCCUUUGUUGUUUGUGAAUAUGAUCCUCCUGGUAAUGUUAAUGGUACAUGGCCUUAUUGAUUACCCUUUAAUUAAU